UCUUUUCCUGCCUGAUUGGUGUUGACCUCCUAGACCAGGUAAAAAUAGUUUCUUUUAUAACUUGUGCCUGAGGAGUGCUCCGGCUGUUCUGUCUGUGGGUGGAUCAACCGCGGUGUGAGGUACUACCUCAGUCGCUUUGCAUACUGAACCAUGAUUACCUGCGAUAGCUGCUCCACUGAGCUCCACCGGCAGACGUAAAGUCUACACCUAACUCGGCUCACUAUAGAGGACUAUUCGCGAGAAGACUCCUGUAGAGGAUGGCAUUGGGUUUACACCUUAGCUUUGUGUUUCUUAGCACACUGAUGUCGGCGGCGAGAUGCAGGGUGGAAAAAGAGCUGUCUCCCGAGUGCAAAGCAUUCUUUUACAUGGAAACACCACCGAGAGGACUGGAGCACCACCCUGUGCGAUAUAUUUGCCAAUUUUACAACAAGAAAGCCCGUUAUGUGACUCUGUACCACAUUGGCUUUCGUAUACCCGUGUACUCUGCCUACACUUUUAAGCGUACGGAUGGGGAGAGAUGUGUGGACGUCCCAUGGAUGUACGAACCUCAGCUGUCAACGCUUUCCGAAACAGAUGAGAUGCAGCCCUUCCCGCGCAGAAUCAUGCACUUGAACUUUGAGGACUCCCAAGCGAUCCUGGAGGAUUACACCAACGCCAUACAUUACGAGCGGGGAACCCUGAACCCAGACGAGCAUCAGGACGAGCUCGACGACAAAGCCUCCACCUACACCCUCACCAACGUAGUUCCCAUGGUGCCCGUUUUCACCAACAUAGUCUGGAGCAGACAGGAGCACAUCGUCCGUAAAAGGUUGAACAACUACUGCCGCGGCACAGCUUACAUCGUGACCGGCGUCACCACGUCUGGAAAGAGGAUCCGCCGGGACAACAUGGAUCGCAUUGCGGUGCCCAAGUAUGUGUGGUCGGCCUACUGCUGCGCCGACUACGACCAAAACACGCCGUUCGGUGAGCGCCACAAAUUCCCUUCUUUCGCACACUACGCCCUAAAUGUGGAGGAAAACAACAACGUGGUGGAAAUGUCCGUCCAGAAGCUGAAGGACUUCCUCGAGAAGACGACCUUCGUCAGCAAGAACUUCCAGAUAUUUGCUGGCGACUGUGUCCCACCAAAAAACAGAUGAGGAGCAAAUUGUGUUUCUGCGCAAAACUACACAUGAUGUCAUCAAGAUUUGUGAACUUAUAACAGAAAGAUUAUGAAAUGAAAAACAAUGUUACAAUAAAAACAAAAUAUAACAAAU